GAUUUUGUUAAUUUAUGAAAAUGUUCAUGUGAAUUUAAUUAUAUUUGUCUGAUGUCUUAGUUUGGCGAUUCAAUUAGGUAGUUCGUUUGUAAAUUAUCAUAGGUAGAUACUCUAUAAGGGAAUUAGAUUGUUAAACAUCAUUGUGUAAAAUGAAACACUAAAUUGCUUUUACAAUAUUCUAUUAAUUCUUGAACAGCCGGUUGUUUGGUGCAAUAAUUGACUUGGUUGGACGAAUUUGAAGUCAGCAUGGGAGAUCUUACGUUAAUUUGCCGUGCCAGCGACGGUUUUCCGUUUGUUGAAGUGUGGGAGGAUAGUCUAACGCUUGCAAAUGCUGAUAUAAAUGCUAAAAGUUCAACCAAGAAUAUGCAGGAGAUUAAAAUGUAUGCUCGUACUAUUUGUAGAUCUUUGCAACCAAACUCUUUAAAAUCGUCUAUAAAAGAAGGUGAAUAUAGUUAUCAUUAUACUGUAGAAGACGGUGUUGCCUAUCUGACCGUGGUUCCAUCGACAUAUCCUAAAAAGCUUGCGUUUUUAUACUUGGCAGAAGUGUGCACAGCAUUCUCCAAAGAACUAUCGCUACAGUUGGAUUCUUCCUCAAUGCCAGAUAAUAUAAAUGCUAUCACGAAGCCGUAUUGCUUCAUGAGUUUCGAUCGCCAAAUACAUAAAAUUAAGGCCAAUUUCAAUGACCCCAAUUCAACCAAGGCAUUAAACAUGAUCAACAAUAGUCUUAACGAAGUCACCCAUAUCAUGCGCCGUAAUAUAGACGAAAUAUUACAGCGUGGAGAAAACUUAGAUGACAUCGGACGUAUGGCGCAUGGGCUAAAAGAGGAAACAUUGAAAUUCAAAAAGUCUUCUCAAUUACUCGCAAGAAGGGGUAUUAUGGACAAAUAUAUAGUAUUGCUAUUAGUUGUCAUAUUCAUUGUGUUGUGUCUCUAUUUUACAUUCAAAGGCAAAAAAAGUGCCGCUUAACAAUCACAUG